AUGAAUAAUAACCUGCGGGAUGAUAGUAUUGCUGCGGCCUUAUUGGAAGAAAAUGAAUCUUUGUCGGAUGAUGAAAUCUUUCUGCCUUCUAGUGAUGACGAAUCGGAUCAUAUCAGCGAAGCUUCUGAAGUUCCAAGUGAUACGGACGUGGAAGAUGCCGAAAUAAACAUUGAACCACAUUCAGAUGAUACGACAUCAACACUUCAACCAUUUUAUCUAGGAAAAGAUGGAAGAACAAAGUGGUAUAAAUCGCCACCGCGAACCAAAGUUCGAACAAGGGCCGAAAAUCUUAUUACUCAUUUGCCUGGAUGUAAAUAUGCAGCUCGACAUAAAAAAACUCACCAAGAAUGCUUCGAGACCUUUUUCACUGAUGAAAUCGUUGACAUUGUUUUGAAGAAUACGAACCAGAAGAUUUCUUUGAGAAUGGAGAACUCUACGUCUAAUUCAACAUACGGGGAAACUGACAAAGCUGAGAUAAAAGCCGUUUUUGGGCUGUUGUUCUUGGCAGGGUUGUUUAGAUCUGGUCGGCAAAGUCUUAUAGACUUAUGGAGUAAUGACGGCACAGGAAUUGAAGUAUUUAGAAAUACUAUGACGAGGCAAAGAUUUUCGUUUUUGAUAAAUAGCUUGAGAUUUGAUGAUUCAUCAACUCGUACAGCUAGAGUGGCUGACGAUCGCUUGGCUCCAAUUCGAGAUAUUUUUGAAAUAUUCGUCAAAAACUGUCAGAAUGCCUAUACACCGUAUGAAUACUUGACCAUAGAUGAAGAACUCGUGGCAUUUAGAGGAAGAUGUAGCUUUCGUCAGUACAUACCAUCCAAGCCAGCUAAGUAUGGGUUGAAAAUUUACGCGUUAGUGGAUGCUAAAACAUUUUACACAAUGAACUUGGAAAUUUAUUGUGGAAAACAUCCUGACAACAGUCCUUAUACAGUGAGUAAUAAGCCUUUUGAUGUUGUCGAUCGUUUGGUGAGAUGCGUGUCUGGAUCAGGAAGAAACAUCACCAUGGAUAACUUUUUUAUGAGUUAUGAAACAGCUGAAAAUUUGCUCAAAAACCACAAAUUGACUGCCGUUGGUACACUAAGGUCGAACAAGACAUGCAUUCCACUCCAGUUCAAGGCUCGACGUGAAGAAAAAUCAUCUGUUUUUGGAUUUCAAAAAGACAUUACUAUUGUAUCCUACAUACCAAAGCCGCGAAAAUGUGUACAUAUGAUGUCCUCAUUACAUCAUGAUGAUGAGGUGGAUCCAGAAAGCGGAGACCAAAGAAAACCGUCUAUCAUCACAUUUUACAACUCGACAAAAAGUGGAGUUGAUGUAGUUGAUAAACUUGCGAGAACAUACGAUGUCUCCCGCAACUGUAAGCGCUGGCCUCUUACCGUAUUUUUUUCCAUGUUGAACCAUGCUGGUAUAAAUGGUUUUAUUGUGUAUAUGCUGAAUAAUGGCAUUGAAAGGAACAAAACCAAUCUAAGGAAGAACUUUAUCAAGCGAUUGGGACUUUCUUUAAUCGAAGAGCACCACAGGAAAAGAAAGGAUAAUCCACAUAUACCACGAGAAAUAAGAAGACGUGUGUGUGAAAUGCUGAAUGAAGAAGCUCCAGCACCACCACAAAAGCAACCAAGAAGACACGGCGAACAAUGGCGGACAUUCCGAUCGAAGGUUCAACGACCUAUACUCCAGCCUCAAACUGUGAAGAAGUAUGUGACGCCAAUCGAGAUGGUCACUCAGGAUUUUAUAAAAUAUAUGGAGAACGCAAGGGACGAAAACAACGAUCUACCGCAUGAGUUUGACAAUGACAUACAUCGGUGGUCCUUGGAAUGUAUCGGUCGUGUGGCGUUGGACGUUAGACUUGGUUGUCUGUCAUCUGAUGCAUCAAACGAAGAACCGCAGCGUAUUAUAGAUGCAGCCAAAUUCGCGUUGCGCAACGUUGCUGUACUGGAACUAAAGGCGCCCUACUGGAGAUACAUCCCAACACCUUUGUGGACCAAAUAUGUGAAUAACAUGAACUUCUUCGUUGAAUUAUGCUCAAAAUACAUCAACGAAGCUCUUGAGCGUUUGAAAAGCAAGCAGGUGACUUCUGAGAACGACUUGUCAUUAUUGGAGAGAGUGUUGCAAAGCGAAGGGGACCCCAAGAUUGCCACUAUAAUGGCGCUUGAUUUAAUACUUGUCGGCAUUGAUACGAUCUCAAUGGCGGUAUGUUCAAUAUUAUACCAAGCGGCGACAAGAUUGAAACAACAAGAGAAAAUGGCUGAAGAAAUAAGAAGAGUGUUGCCAGAUCCUGAUAAACCUAUCACUUACUCUGAUUUGGACAAAUUACAUUACACCAAGGCUUUCGUUAGAGAAGUUUUUAGAAUGUACUCGACUGUAAUCGGCAAUGGAAGGACAUUACAAGAAGAUGACGUGAUAUGUGGAUAUCACAUUCCCAAGGGGGUACAAGUUGUAUUUCCAACGAUCGUAACAGGUAAUAUGGAGCAAUUCGUUUCCAAUCCUCAUGAGUUCAGACCCGAACGUUGGUUGGAAUCUAAUGGAAGGUUACAUUCAUUCGCUUCUUUGCCUUACGGCUUCGGAGCCCGGAUAUGUUUGGGAAGACGGUUCGCUGAUUUGGAGAUUCAGGUCCUUUUGGCUAAGUUGCUUCGUCGUUACCGUCUCGAGUAUCAUCACGAGCCGUUAGAAUACGCCGUCACAUUCAUGUACGCACCCGACGGACCAUUAAGACUGAGGAUGAUAGAACGAUAG